CGAUGACAUUGCUCGCAUGCUCAGACAGGAUCAACGGCGCCUCAUCAUCAACCUCGACGACCUACGCGACUACCGACGCGACUUCGCGGACGGGCUUCUCAAGCAACCGGUGGACUACCUCCCGGCACUCGAAGACGCGCUCUCCAAGGUCGUGGAGCGGGUGCACGAUCGCGAAAAGCACGAGAUCGAGGGCAAGACCUACCGCGUCGGCUUCAGCGGCUCGUUCGGCGACCACCAUGUCAGCCCACGCCACCUCCGCGCGACGCACCUCAGCAAGAUGAUCUCGCUCGAAGGCAUUGUCACACGCUGUUCGCUUGUGCGCCCGAAGAUGCUCAAGUCGGUACACUAUUGCCCGGACACGGGCAUGUUUCACGCCCGCGAGUACCGCGACGCCACGACCUCUACCUCUAACCUCCCUCCGACGUCCUCGGUUACGCCCCAGACGGACGAUGAGGGCCACCCGCUGCAGAUGGAGUACGGGUACUGUGAGUUCCGGGACAACCAGCGGAUAAGCAUCCAGGAGAUGCCGGAGCGGGCGCCCGCCGGACAGCUUCCUCGGAGCACCGAUGUCAUUCUGGACGGGGACCUCGUGGACAAGUGCAAGCCGGGCGACCGUAUCCAGCUUGUGGGCGUGUAUCGCAGCGUCGGCGGCGGUGCUAACGGUGCAUUCAAGUCACUAAUUCUGGCCAAUAACAUCAACUUGUUGUCGUCCAAAGUUGGAGGUGGCAUUGCUCAAACCCCGCUCACGGACUUCGACAUCCGGUCGAUCAACCAGCUCUCGAAACGUUCUGAUAUUUUCCGGCUCCUCUCACAGUCUCUCGCGCCGUCCAUCUACGGGCACGACAAGAUCAAAGAGGCAAUUCUAUUGCUCCUUUUGGGAGGUGCCGAGAAGAAUUUGCCGAACGGAACGCACAUUCGUGGCGACAUCAACAUCCUCAUGGUCGGCGACCCUUCCACCGCGAAGUCGCAAAUGCUCCGCUUCGUGCUCGGCACUGCGCCGCUCGCCAUCGCCACCACGGGUCGCGGAAGUUCCGGUGUCGGUCUCACGGCCGCUGUCACCAGCGACAAGGACACGGGCGAGCGGAGACUGGAAGCCGGCGCGAUGGUCCUCGCCGAUCGGGGCGUGGUCUGCAUCGACGAGUUCGACAAGAUGUCGGACAUCGACCGAGUCGCGAUCCACGAAGUCAUGGAACAGCAGACGGUCACCAUCGCCAAAGCGGGCAUCCACACCACCCUGAACGCACGCUGCAGCGUCGUCGCCGCGGCUAAUCCGAUCUACGGCCAGUACGAUGUGCACAAAGACCCGCACAAGAACAUCGCGCUGCCCGACUCGCUGCUGUCGCGUUUCGAUCUGCUGUUCGUCGUCACCGAUGACGUGGACGAGAACCGCGACCGCGCCAUCGCAGACCAUGUGCUGCGCAUGCAUCGAUACCUCCCGCCGGGCGUCGAGGAAGGCACGCCCGUCGUGGACAGCCUCUCGCAGCAGUUGUCCGUCGACGGUCCGAACGUCGCAGGCGAGGACGCAGAUGAGGGUGAGCCGAGCCCAUUCGAGAAGUACGACCCUCUGCUGCAUGUGGGCAUCGGCGGCCCCAGCAGCAGCACGCGCAGGGGCAAGCAGAAGAAGCACGAGGUACUGAGCAUCGCGUUUGUGAAGAAGUACAUCCAGUACGCGAAGAGCAAACCUGCGCCGAUCCUGACCAAGGGCGCCGCGGACCAUAUCGUGAAUGUGUACGCGACGCUGCGGAAUGAGGACCUUGACGGUACACGGAAGAAGCGGACUUCCCCGCUCACUGCGCGUACGCUGGAGACGCUCAUCCGUCUCGCCACCGCGCAUGCCAAGUCGCGCCUCUCGACCAAGGUACAGCGGCAGGAUGCGAAGAUCGCAGAGGAGAUCCUGCGCUUCGCGCUCUUCAAGGAGGUGCUCCGUCGGACUCGCCGCAAGAAGCGCAAGCUGAACAAUGGUGCGGUGGACGCCGUCGACGAGGAUGAAGAGGACGGCGAGGAGGGUGAGAGUGACGAGGAAAGCGAUGAGGAAGAGGCUCCGAAACGGAUGGAGACACCUAAGCCCAAGGCGAAGGCAGUGGAGAAGCCCUCGCCGGGAGCCCAGUGGGACGGCGACAACGACGUGCAAAUGGAGGACGAAGCGAAUGCCGCUAUGAACGCUGCUGCCGACGAGCGGGGUAUCCGGCCAGAGCGGCUGAAGUUGUUCAAGACGAGGCUCGCGAGUCUAUUCUCGACGAAGCUCGUGGACGAGGACCAGAUGUACCUGCACACGCUCGUGGAGAUGAUCAACGAGGGCCUCCCGACAAACGAGCUCUUCGGCACAGCGGAGGCGACCGCGGCGUGCACCAUCAUGACGGACGCGAACGAAGUCAUGCUGAGCGACGGGAUCGUGUACAAAAUCUAGUCUUACUGCGACGGCUCUCGACUGGUGUCUUCGGGGUGGCGCAUCGCGUGUCGCCCCACGGUUCGCAUAUAUCCUGCUGUGUCUGCUAUCGGCUUGCUGUUGUUUUGUGUAUUGUUGGGUCAUGUGUAGUACAAGACGCGUUCGUGUAUGUUGUUCGGUUCAUAAUUCUGGACGCUAUGUAUGUAUUUGCGGUGAAGGUCAAUUCGGUAUCGAAACAUCGG